AUGAGUGAAGCACCAGAGUUCAUCAGGGUCAAGAGACGUAGAGAUGAAGACUCAGUACAGGCUUUGCUGGUUGAUGAGGGUCAGAAGAAAAGAAAGAAGGGUAGAUUCAUCUUCAAGUUAGCAAGAACGGUUAACUCAGAUAGUUAUGAGAAUGCAGAUGAAGCAUUAACUCCACUUCUGAAACUGGCUGCCAAUGAUCAUCGUCAUUUUGUUUUAGAACGGGAGGGGAAAAGACGUAGGGAUUCUGAUGAUGUGGAACAAGUACCACCAGUUGGCAAACCCGCAAAAGUUUCUCAUCUGGAAGACCACCAAAAGGAAGCUGAUGAUUUGCCGCCAGAGAUCAAUCAGAUGGUCUCUGACAUUCUGAAUUUGAAUAAAAAUGACAAAGGAGAGCAAAAUAGACCACGUAAGCCCUCUAAGAAACAUUUUGGCGGCAGUAAUCGCGAAGUUGUUUCACUACCUAGUAACGAUUACAUUUACGAUAUUUACCACUUAGAAAGUCUGAAAGAUGAUGAUUUGAACUCUUACAAAUACGAGGAUUUAGGGUUUGUUAAGAUUGUUAAUAAAUUCAUCGAUUUAGUUCCCGACGAGGAUACAGAUCCCGAACAAUGUUCUGAUGAUGAGGAUUCAAACGAGGAGAACUACUAUCAGAACGAUUAUCCUGAUGAUGAAGACGAUGACAGGUCAAUUCCCCUAGGUAGUGAGGCUGAUGAAGAAAGCUUACCUGAAGAAAUUACUUGGAAGAAACAGCCACAAGAUGAUUACGCAGAACUUUUCGACAAACUGGGACAAAGCGAUAACAUCCUAGACUCUUUGAAUACAAGUAAUUUAGUUAAUUUGGAUGCGGACGAUGACGAUGACGAUGAAGAUUGGCAUGAAGAUCUGGAUGACGAAGAGUUUGAAAACGACAAUUAUGAUGGCAGAAAUGGAUACAAAGCUAACGAAUUUUUCCCUACCGAUAAAGAUGACUCAUUAGCAGCCCAUCGUGAUAAAAUAUUUGGGAGACUAGAAAAGUUGUUGAACAAAGGCUAG